CAACGUCAUACCGAACCCCGCGAGGGGCACUCCCAAACAGCACCGAGCUCCCACUGCCACAAAGUCGUCGAUGCGUUCGGGCACAUUUCAGUCCGAAAUCCUCAGAAUCCGAAGACGUUCUUCGUAUCGAAGUCGUUAGCGCCGGCUCUUGUGUCAAGUCGCGAGGAUUUGGAGGAGUAUCGUGUUGAAGAUGCUAGUCCUGUUAAUGAGGAUGCACCGAAGGGGUAUGCGGAGAGGUUUAUCCACUCGGAGAUUUAUAAGAAGUAUAAAGGUGUGAAUGCGGUGGUACAUGCGCAUAGUGGAAGUGUGUUGCCAUUCAGUAUCUGUUCUGUACCGUUGAGGCCGGUGUUUCAUAUGGGUGGUGUUAUGGGCGCCACCGUCCCAGUACACGAUAUCCAAAAUCACUACAAAUCAAUCGACCCCCUCCACUCCCUCCUCGUCAACACCCAACACCUCGGCGAAGGCCUCGCCAACGGCUUCAACCCCUCCACCCGAACCUCCAAAGCCACCUCCUUAAUCAAAAACUAUAUAACCUCCAUCCGACCCCCUCCCGUCGACUUCCCCGCCCACCCAACAGUCCUCAUGCGCGGCCACGGCUUCACCUGCGUCGCGGCAUCAAUCGAAGAAGCCGUCUACCGCGCCAUCUUCACCUGCACAAACGCACGCGUGCAGACAACGGCGUUGUUGAUGCAGGGGGGUUAUAAUCAGGGGUUGAUUGCGGAGCGGUUCGGGAGGGGGGAGGAGGGGGGCCAGGCGAAGCAGGAGGGGAUCAGGUUUUUGAGUGAGAGGGAGGCGAGGGAUGCGUGGACGGCGAAUGAGAGGCAUGCGGAGAGGCCGUGGGGGUUGUGGUGUGAGGAGGUUAGAGGGUGUGGGUUGUAUCGGAAUGAG